AUGGCCGGCCAAUCGAAGCCCGCGCUCUCCCCUUGGGGGAGUGCUGUCGCCGGUGCGACUGGUGCUGUUCUCGCGAAUGCCAUGGUCUAUCCGCUGGAUCUUGUCAAAACCAAACUUCAGGUCCAAGUAAAGAACACACCCGGAUCGCAAACCGACGAAAAUGUUGUACACUAUGAGUCGACCAUGGAUGCCAUCAACAAGAUUGUGGAGAAAGAGGGAAUUGAAGGUCUAUACUCUGGGAUGGUUGGCUCGUUGAUCGGCGUUGCCUCGACGAAUUUUGCAUACUUCUAUUGGUACAGCGUUGUCAGAAGCCUUUAUACGGCAUCGAGUCGAGGAUCCAAGGCACCUGGAACCGCUACGGAACUCAGUCUGGGUGCCGUUUCAGGAGCUAUCGCUCAGAUCUUCACCAUUCCAGUCGCUGUCAUCACAACCAGGCAGCAGACACAGCCAAAGGGCGAAAAGAAGGGCCUGAUCGAGACUGGAAAGGAGGUUGUCAACAGUGAAGAUGGAUGGACUGGUCUGUGGAGAGGCCUCAAAGCCAGCUUGAUUCUAGUAGUCAACCCGGCGAUUACCUAUGGCGCUUACCAGCGUCUGAAGGACGUCCUUUUCUCUGGAAGAAAUAACCUCAAGCCCUGGGAAGCAUUUCUAUUGGGUGCUCUUUCCAAAGCAAUGGCCACAAUCGCAACCCAACCAUUGAUUGUGGCUAAGGUUGGCCUUCAAUCGCGGCCACCACCCGGUCGCGAGGGAAAGCCCUUCAAGACCUUUAGUGAAGUUAUGCGAUAUAUCAUUCAGAAUGAAGGUCCAUUAUCCCUCUUCAAGGGUAUUGGGCCCCAAAUUUUGAAAGGUCUGCUAGUCCAGGGCUUGCUAAUGAUGACGAAAGAAAGGAUGGAACUCAUUUUCAUUGUUCUCUUCGCAUACUUGAAGAAAAUUAGAGAUCAGAAGCUACAAAAAGCCGUCGACACUGCUGCAUCCAAAGCCAAAACCAGUCUUCCAGCAACCUUGAAAUAG